AAGGCACGAUGGCACGGUUCUCUAGUGUCUCAGUGUCGGUGGACGCCCAUGUCGGCUCGCUACAGCUCAAUCGCCCGCGCAAGAGCAACGCAGUAGACUCCGCAAUGUGGGAGGAGAUCCCCAGAGCGCUGCAGGAGCUGGUGGCGCAGGGAGCCAGGGCGAUUGUGCUGAGCGGUGCCGGCAAGAACUUCUGCGCCGGCAUCGACCUGGACUCGCUGAUGCAGUCGCAGCAGAGCGCCGGCGGCGACGAGGCGGCGGCCUGCGGCGGGCGCCACCGCUGGCGCUUCCGCCAGUUUGUCCGCGUGCUGCAAGACGCGAUGAGCGCCUUUGAGGCGUGCCCCGUGCCCGUGAUAGCGGCGGUGCACGGCCACUGCAUCGGCGCCGGCGUCGACAUGAUCACCGCCUGCGACAUCCGGCUGGCGACCGAGGCAGCCAACUUCUCGGUCAAGGAGGUGGACCUCGCUAUCGUCGCCGACAUGGGCACCCUGCAGCGCCUGCCGAGCAUCGUGGGGCACGGGUGUGCGGCGGAGCUGGCGCUGACGGCCAGGAACUUCACAGGCGCCGAGGCCCAGAGCAUGCAGCUGGUGAGCCAGACCUUUGCGGACCAGGCAGCUCUGAUGGCGGGGGCGCUGGGCCUGGCGCGCCGGGUCGCGGCCAAGAGCCCGCUGGCGGUGGCGGGCACCAAGCGCACGCUGCUGUACCAGCGCGACCACAGCGUGCGCGACGGGCUGGAGUACGUGGCCGCCCUGAACGCCUCACUGCUGCCGCAGUCGGCAGACCUGGCGGAGGUGUUUGCGGCCAGGGCCGAGGGGCGGCGGCCCGUGUUCAGCAAGCUGUGAGGCGCGCGGCAGGGCACCCGACUGCCUGCGCUGCCUUUUCAUGGAGCUGCACUUGUUGCUUAGUCUUAGUUUCUAGUCUUAGUUUGUUCCUGCCAGCCUGUCUUCCCUGCCCAUGCGCUGCACUGCCAUGUGGCUGCUGUGCCACCCUGUUUACCAAUCAGCGGUUCCCAGCAAGUGCAAAGCAAUGGAGACAAAGCUAGCAAGGACUGGCUGCCCGGCGCCUAGCGCUUCGAGCCGUAGCCGUGGAAUCGCAUCAUGCUUCGCGCCCAGCCGCGCCAGCCAGCGGCCCCGCCCUGCUCCUCCCCUGCCGCCGCUGCCGCUGCCGCUGCCCUGAUGCGCGCAAACAGCCCCAGCGGCUGCCUGCCCUGCCGCUCAUGGUCCAAGCUGUCGAAUGCUGCCGUUAGCACCAGCACCGACGGGUGCAGCCAAGCGGGGUGCUCGCUCUGGCUAUGCCCCGCCCACUCCAGGCACCACCCGCCGAUGUCGUGUGUGUGCGCCAGCGGCUUGAACAGCCACAGGUAGGAGGGCGGCAGCCAGGCCCUGCGCGCGCGGCACACCACCAGGCGGCUGGGGCGGCGGCUGCGCAGGCCCGUGGCCCCAGGCUCGGCCGCAAAUGUGAGGUGCCUGACCAGCGGCGUCUGCGUGCGGUACACAGUGUGCGUGUGCAGCCCCGCGGCGCUGAGCAGGCGCGCCGAGGAGGCGGUGGAGGAGCCGGGGUCCAGCUGCUGCGCCUCCAGCCGCGCCAGCAGCUCGCCGCCGC